AUGGCACGAAAACACCACCAGCAAUCGAAACACUGCACAAGCCAUCCCCUCCAAACCAACAACUCGCCAGAAGCAGCAGACAUGCCAUCGCCGAAGGGGAAACUGAAAGCGAAAUACUCGGACGACGAGGGCACGAGAGACGGACCAUCAUGGACAGAAGCUGAAGAAGAAGAAGAACGAGCUGGCCUGCUCGACCAGCACAGGACACACACUCCCAAACCAGCCUCUCUAAUCGCCCCCUCGAUCGAAGCAGAGUCAUGGACCGAACGGAUCAGAAGACUCGGAACGCAGACCUACUCCGGAAAAUCCAGAACGAUCCCAUUCAACCCUCCCGACCAUUUCAGAUCUCGCUUCCCACCCAACAUCGUCCGGAAUCAGAAAUACAACCUCAUCAGCUUCAUCCCACUCGUCCUCUACGAACAAUUCAAGUUUUUCUUCAACCUCUACUUCCUCGCCGUCGCCGUCUCCCAGUUCGUCCCCGCGCUGCGGAUCGGGCUAUUGAUGACCUACGUCGCCCCACUUGCCUUCGUACUCGUCAUCACCAUCGGCAAGGAGGCCCACGACGACUAUCUUCGCCGACAGCGCGACUCGAUCGCCAACUCGACCCGCUACCAAAUCCUAGACUGGUCCUCCUCAAACCACUCCGCCAACCCGCUCUCGAACUCCCACCAUGCAUCCACAGUCAGCCAGAUCCAGGGCGAAACUAUCCCGAGCACCACCCUCCUGCCGAUCAAGACGAUCCCCUCGGCCCAGAUCAGGGUAGGCGACAUCCUCCUCCUGGACAAGAACAUGCGCGUCCCCGCCGACCUCGUCCUCCUCCGCACCUCCGACCAAGCCUCGGGCUCAUGCUUCAUCCGCACCGACCAGCUCGACGGCGAGACCGACUGGAAACUCAAGCUGGCUCUCGAGUUCACCCAGAACCUGGCCGACGGCGAUGCCGGCUUGCUCGCCCUCGACGGCCUCUCCUCUAUCGAUGAUGACCACCGUCUGGCCAGCAACGUCAACAACGGCCAGGGCAAGAAGAACGACCACACCACUCGACUCGAGGUCUAUGCCGACAAGCCGAUCAUGGACAUCCACACCUUCAACGGCACCCUACUCAUCCAUUCGCGUCAAAGCGUAGGAGCAGGGGGAGGGGGAGGGGGUAGAAGUGCAGAGGAAGAGCCGGCUGAGAACCGGCAUCCUAACCUCGGCGACGAUCUCGACCCAGUCCGGGACUCGAUCGACGACAUCGAGAUCAACUCGAUCCACGAGAUCCUACCCCACCACUCCGCAAGCUCGCCCACCUCGACAGAGACCAGCAAGGUGCCGAUCACCUCGGAGAACGUGCUCUGGGCGAACACCGUCCUGGCCGCCGGACAAGCGGUCGGCUUGGUCAUCUACACCGGCACCGAGACCCGGGCGGUCAUGAACACCUCCUACCCGAAAACAAAGACCAGUCUUCUAGACAUCGAGAUCAACCAGCUGGCCAAGAUCCUCUGCAUCGUCACUUUCACUCUGUCCGUCGCCUUAGUGGCCUUGAACGGCUUCAGAGGCCCAUGGUGGAUCUACGUCGUCCGCUUCCUCAUCCUCUUCAGCUCCAUCAUCCCCAUCUCCUUGCGGGUCAACUUGGACAUGGGCAAGACCGUCUACGCCCAUCAGAUCGAGAACGACCCCGAGAUCCCAGGGACGAUCAUGGAAUUGAAGAAGUUGCAUAUGGGUACGAUGGCAUACGGGCUUGAUUCGAUGGACGAAGUGGCGCUCCAAUUGGCCACAGCCUUUGGAGAGAACGCGCCCGAUCCGCUCGGUCAUCCGGCUGGCUCUGGCUUGCCGACUGCUUCAUUAUUGGCUACUCGGGGGCGACGAGACAUGUCUUCGAGGGUCAAGGAUGUCAUCUUGGGUCUGGGCUUAUGUCAUAAUGUGACGCCUGUUAUCAAUGACGACGGCUCGGUGACAUACCAAGCAUCCUCACCAGACGAAGUAGCCAUAGUAGCGUACACGGAAUCGGUCGGGUUGAAGUUAGUUUCGCGGGACCGAAGCGGGAUGACGUUACGGACGACGUCGGGGCAGAAAUUAGAGUUCGAAGUGCUGGAGAUCUUCCCGUUCACGUCGGAGUCGAAGCGGAUGGGGAUCAUCAUCCGGGAGAAGCUGACGGGGGAGGUGACGUUUUACCAGAAGGGCGCGGAUGCGGUGAUGGCCAAGAUCGUCCAAUCGAACGAUUGGCUCGAGGAGGAGUGCGACAACAUGUCCCGAGAAGGGCUACGGACCUUAGUGAUGGCCAAGAAGAAGCUCUCCAACGAGGCCUACCACCGGUUCACGCGGAGAUACCUUUCGGCGCGGGUGGACAUGGGGGCCGACGACCGACAGGAAGCGAUCCAGAGGGUUGUCUCCGAGGAGCUGGAGAACAACCUCGAGCUACUCGGGGUGACCGGGGUAGAGGACAAGUUGCAGGAGGACGUGAAGAGCACACUGGAGCUACUCCGGAACGCCGGGCUGAAGAUCUGGAUGCUGACGGGGGACAAGAUCGAGACGGCGACGUGCAUCGCGAUCUCCAGCAAGCUGGUCUCCAGGGGCCAAUACAUCCACCAAGUCUCCAAGCUCGAGGGCCCAGAAAAAGUGCAGAAAGAGCUCGAGUUUCUGCAGCAGAAACAGGACUGUUGUUUGGUGAUCGACGGCGGAUCCCUGGCGAGUUGUCUGAGCUACUUCGAGAGCGAGUUCAUCGAGGUGACGACGAAGUUGCCAGUCGUAGUAGCCUGUCGAUGUUCGCCGACCCAGAAAGCGGAGAUCGCCAUGCUCAUCCGACGGUACACCCAGAAACGGGUGUGUUGCAUCGGCGACGGCGGCAACGACGUCAGCAUGAUCCAGGCCGCAGACGUCGGCGUAGGGAUCGUAGGGAAAGAGGGCAAACAGGCCUCGCUCGCCGCCGACUUCUCCAUCAAUCAGUUCUCCUUCCUCACCAAGUUGCUGCUCUGGCACGGCAGAAACUCCUACAAACGCUCCGCUAAACUCGCCCAAUUCGUCAUCCAUCGUGGCCUCAUCAUCUCUGUCAUCCAAGCCGUCUUCUCCUCCGUCCUGUACUUCGCCCCCGUCGCGAUCUACCAAGGCUGGCUGAUGAUGGGCUACGCUACUUGCUAUACUAUGGCCCCCGUCUUCUCGUUGGUCUUGGACCAAGACGUCAACGAAGACGUGGCCCUACUUUACCCCGAACUGUACAAAGAAUUGACCAAGGGGCGAUCGCUAUCGUACAAAAGUUUCUUCACAUACUUCAUGUCGGCGGUCUUCCAGGGAGGAGUGAUAAUGAUCCUGAGUCUGAUCCUGUUCGAGAACGAGUUCCUGAACAUCGUCUCGAUCUCCUUCACCUCUCUCAUCCUCACCGAGCUACUCAUGGUCGCCCUAGAAAUCACCACCUGGCAUAGGUACAUGAUCGUCGCCGAAGUAGUCACGCUGUUGAUAUACUUGACCAGCAUGGCCUUUCUGCCCGAAUUCUUCGACUUGUCGUUCGUCCUGACGGUCUCCUUCCUCUGGAAAGUCUCGUUCAUCACCGCCGUGAGCUCGGUGCCACUGUAUAUCGCCAAGGCGCUCCGGAGCUAUUUCGCCCCCGCUUCAUAUGCUAAGUUACGUGAUUAUUAG